GUACACACAGACACAUGUACGUACAAACACACAUGUACAUGCACACACACACAGACACAUGUACACACACACAUACAUGCACAUACACACAGACACAUGUACAGAUACACACAUGUACAUACACACAGACACACCCCCUCCAUAAAAAGUUGCAGUACUUUGUUGUUCACUCACAGAGCCGGGGUACUGCACUCUAGGGGGAGGCAGAGAGCACAGUACACACUCCUUGCUUUGCUUUCACUGUGCUCAGCUAUUGAGCAGUCUGACGGCUCCCAGUGCCAAUGACAGAUCCGGCCUGAGCUCCAACCCUGCUCAGCAAGACGGCUCUGGGGGACACACUUGCCCCCACCAUAAUUUCCACUCGCCAUUGGCGAGCAGACGAGUGGAAAUUUCAAGCCCUGAUAUAUGGAA